AUGAGUAUGAUUGGCGUAUAUCAAGGGCCACAGCCGCCCAAAAAGAGUCUUCAAGAGAUGACCCAACAAGAGCAAGCAGAAGAAGGUGCAAGAUACUUUGUUGACUUUAUGCAAUCGUGUCCUGGAAAAACCGCCAUGGCUGGAGCAAGCGGGUUCGCCCUUGGUGGGUUCUUUGGUUUAUUUAUGGCAUCCAUGGCUUACGAUACACCCGUGGGGACUGAUGCUGUCAAACAUAUUAGUGAUUUACCCUUCAAACAACAAAUGAAGCUACAAUUUACUGAUAUGGCCAAAAGAUCAUACUCAUCGGCCAAAAAUUUCGGGUAUAUUGGUUUGGUUUAUUCGGGGGUUGAAUGUAGUAUUGAAAGUUUUCGAGCCAAACAUGAUUUGUACAAUGGUGUCACUGCUGGAUGCAUAACGGGUGCUGGGUUGGCAAUCAAAGGAGGUCCACAAGCGGCAUUUAUUGGAUGCGCUGGUUUUGCUGCUUUCAGUUUGGCAAUAGAUAUGUAUUUGCAUAGCGACGCAGCUCCUCCACCAAAGAAUGACUAUGAUAUAUGA